CCGACGCGCGAGCGCCGGGCAGGGCGGCGGGCGCGCUCAGUCUGGCGGCAGCGGCCGUGCGCGGACAGACGUGCCGGGAGCGCCGCACCGCCCGCGCCUCCCGCAGCCCAGCCGCUUCGCUCCGCCCGGGCCGCGCCCGCUCGCCCGCCAUGGUGUCAUGGAUCAUCUCCAGGCUGGUGGUGCUUAUAUUUGGCACCCUUUACCCUGCGUAUUAUUCCUACAAGGCUGUGAAAUCAAAGGACAUUAAAGAAUAUGUCAAGUGGAUGAUGUAUUGGAUUAUAUUUGCACUUUUCACCACAGCAGAGACGUUUACAGACAUCUUCCUCUGUUGGUUUCCAUUCUAUUAUGAACUAAAAAUAGCAUUUGUAGCCUGGCUGCUGUCUCCCUACACAAAGGGCUCCAGCCUCCUCUACAGGAAGUUUGUGCAUCCCACACUGUCGUCAAAGGAAAAGGAGAUCGACGAUUGCCUGGUUCAAGCAAAAGACCGAAGUUACGAUGCCCUUGUGCACUUUGGGAAGCGGGGCUUGAACGUGGCCGCCACAGCGGCUGUGAUGGCUGCUUCUAAGGUGGCUCGACUCUUUCAUUUUGUCUCCUCUUUGGACCACAGAGAAGGGCAGGUAACCCGGCUGAGAGGUGUGACUAACUCCAAACUGAUCCAGGAGCCCCCUCUGCCCACCAGCACGUGGUCUGGAUCAGAGGGACAGGGGGCCUUAUCCGAGAGACUCCGGAGCUUCAGCAUGCAGGACCUCACCACCAUCAGGGGCGACGGUGCCCCGGCUCCCUCGGGACCCCCUCCACCAGGGCCCGGGAGGGCCAGCGGCAAGCACGGCCAGCCCAAGAUGUCCCGGAGUGCUUCCGAGAGCGCUGGCAGCUCAGUGUGCACCUGCUGCUCCACCUGCAGGACCCGGAAAGUGGUUGAGGGAGACGUGAAUGAGGGUGGUGUGAAGGCAUGGGACCCCCACCAGGUCCAAAAUCCAUUGGCAUUUUCUGACGAGGAGGAGGAAGACCUGCUGGAUUUCAUGUACAAGUAUAAGGCGCCUCGAAGGACGGAAUUGCCCCUGGAGGCACAGUGGCCUAGCCUUCCCACUCACACUGGGACGGUAGUUAUGGCCACCUCCGUGUGCAGGAGUUCGUCUGAUUGCUUUGCAAGGCACCGCCUAGAAUUCUUCGAUCUCGCUUCAGGAAGAAAAGUACCUCAUCCUCGGCCACUGAAACCACGUGAGUGAGAGGAGCCAACGGCACCGGAGCCACAGAACGUUUCUUCUCUGCCUUAAGAGCUACUCACUAACAACCGAAAUCCGCAAGCUGGGUGUGCUUUGAGUGUGCAGCCUCGCAGCCGUGGCCUUUCUCUCUCCCCCAGCCCCCGUUAACGAGUUCUGUUCCUUUUGUCGCUGUCCUUCUCCUUGGUUCGCGGGGGAGAGGCUGAAGGGAAGGGGUGGGGGUGACCUGUGAGGUCCCUGAGGUUGGUGGUUGCCCACGACUGGCUCGCCACGGCACCCAGCGGUGUGUUUUCAGAAAGGCGGCACCACCCUGACGCUGCUGAGAUGUACAUGUGUAAUUUAUCUGUUGCCUACUUAGUUUUUAGUCCUGUACAUGCAAACCAAGCAAUUUUUUUUAAAAAAAUCUUUUUUUUUGUUCUUGGUACUAAUACUUGGGACUAUGAUGUACAUAUUUAUGGCUUUUUGCUUAACAUAAUGGACUUGCAAGGGCUGCCAGAGGUUCUGAUAUGUGAGAAAACUGCAAAAACAGACAUGUAAAAAGAAAAAAGAAUUGAUUCAAGAAAAUGUCUCAGAUGUGCUUGUGAAGCUUCCAAACGUAACUCCAGCAAGACAUCCCUCUCCCUGCCCUUCAGAGCUGGCUCGUCGGUAGGCCGGAGAGGCUGGGAGAGGAGACGAGGGAGGAUGUUCUGGCAACAGAGAUGGGUGUGGCGAGAGGUCAGAGUAGCUUCAUGGGAUUAGAGUCCCAGGAAGUUCGUCUUGGGAGUUUCUGAAUCCUCCCAGGGAAUCUAUCCUUGCCUUCAGCAAUGGCUCAACUCUGGCAAAAUUUCGUAGGGAUGGGGACCCCCAGAGCUGCCGAGAGGAAUACUGGAGUGUCUCCCAAGUGCGUAGUGAAUGGCCAUUUCUCCUUCACAGUGACCAGAGCCGCAGCUGAUUGCCUCAGGCGCAAGAGCUUAAAACCUGAGCACCUUGUUUUAGAGCACAUUAGGCAACAACAAAAUCCUAGAACUCUGCUGUUUCAGAUAAGCUGUAAAGUACACCCACGGCACGUGUGCAACAGUCCAAACAGUGGUUCUAGCAGCGCUUUAGAGUCUGAGACCUUUAUGGGUAAGACCUGGUAGCUCACAUCCGGGUAGCUGUCCGUCACUCCUGGCCUGUGUAGAACAUGGUUAUGUGUGUGUGUAUGUGUGUGGGGGUGGGGCGGGGGUUGACGCUCACGGCCCUAUAGGUGUUAAGGAAUGUUUUACACAAGGCCGGACUGCUCAGUAGAGGACUGAAGUCUGAGAGGAAAAGAAGAAUCUGGUUGGAAUAGCACCGUGCUCUCCCCGCGAAAGCUGAGCUGAACCACAGGACCAGCGCACCUGUGCUUAGAGUUGGUGUGUUCUUUCAGUGUAACGCAUGCAGUGGCCGCAGCCCAGUUACUCGUAGCGUGUGGACCGUGUGUUGGUAGACAUGCCUUGAGGACUAGAGAAUCCGUGUUGUAGACCACACGGAACCUACUGUCAACCCAGCUAAACUGUCAGCCCACAGGCCCACCUAAACACCGCCCCCUUACGCAGCCACGAAAACACGCUUCGGCGGCCUUGGCUGACGGCACAUUAGCUGGAUCUUAGCCACCCAGAAAUUGUUUGACCUGAUUGUUGCCAGAUGUACAUACUGAAAUCCCUUCUUCCUACAGUUCCUCUGUUGGUGACUUUGCAUUUUACAAAAAGACUUAGGAAAAUAAUCCAAAAGCCAGCUGGAGGCUGAGACGGCUAACGGACACUGUCAGUCCCUUGCCUGCGCCCCACACCCACCGAUGCCUAAACCCGUUAGGAAAGGCAGGCAUCACGGAAUCACUCCAGAAGGAAGCAGGUUCUUUCAGAUGUGUUUGCUUGUUACUUGGAGCUAGGAUGGACAGAAAUGAGUGCAAAAAAGCUUAAGUUAAGCAGCUUUUUAGCAACUUUCGUUUUGCCAAGAUACUUAAAUGCCUUUAGCAGCAGAAUUUAAAAUCCGAUAGUGAACAAGCUCUGUUGUCACCAUUUUACAAUGGCAAGUUAUAACCAGUACAGGCUAUCAAGUUUGCACUCAACUAUGCCAAAAAAAAAAAAAAAAAGUUUGAAGCACUCUACUUUUCAGACAUGCUGUAUUAUUCUCAUUCAAGAUUAAAUAUAAAGGUCUCCAAACUGCUGUCUUAAUGUACAUGUACCGUUUUCUUCCUGCAAGUGUUGACUAGAGAGUUGGUUUCUUUCUUAAAGACACUCACUGUACAACUGAGAGCAGCUGUCAUAUUUCUGGCAAAAUGUGUUUACUGAUCCAACAGGCUGUAUACUUGUGUGUGAACUGACAUAAAAUGUGAAUGCCUAUCAGUGUACAUGUAGUGCUGUGGUGUUGUCUGAAGGGUAGAACUGAAUGUCUUUAACUUACUGACUUAUUACACACAGGCUGUUUACAGAAGGCUAGCUGGAAAGUCUGUAAAUUGCCAUGUCAUAACUUUUAGGUAACUGCCAUUGAACACCUGUUCCGUGUCUGGGGAGGGGCCAUGUGGUCUUGUGCUUAUAACCUGGAGGGUUCGGCCACAACCCCUCCUGGCUGUGCGUGAAUAGCAUGCUCGUUUUGCUGGCCUCCGACACGUGUGCUGUCCGUGGGGAGCCGUCCAUGUGUCUGUGGUGAGUGCUUGUCAACCAUGACUGUCACUGAGCCUUCCCGGGUCCUCCGCCCUGCACGGUGUUUGAAGCGGCAGGGGACGCGCGGCAUCCUGUCGGCGCGCACAGAGCUGACUCUGGACCGUGCUGUGCGCUAGUUCCCCUGUAGAGCGAUCUGUGAUGGAACAGUAUACCGGACUGUGCAUCAAAGGGAUGAAAACUACAGUAUUCCAAAGGUUGAAGUUCUGCUGUUUUGUUACAAUGCCUGAUAAACAUCUUGAAUAAAGUCUUAACAUUUUUCUUUUAAAGAAACAUCUUGGUAAUGUUGGGCUUAUGAGGAAAGGAAAUUUUGUUUGUAAUGUGGAAGCUAGCAAGGAUUGAAAGCUGAGCGCUCAGCCGCGAACUGGCCUGGUGACUUGGCCUGUGACUACUGCACAGGAUUUUGGGAAGAAGGAACGUUAAAUGACAUGAAUGUUUUUAAAACUGGUUGCUCACACAAAUACAAAACUUGGAAGUA